CAGAUGUUGACACUAAGAUGUCCUUUGUCAACAGUUCUCGUUGGCAGUUAACAUCAUUUCAAAAAUUAUCCCUUCGCCAGUAGCGGGUGAGAUCUCGGCCUGCAAGAAUGAGGCGUUCUUGGUUGGGGAUAGUCGUGGUGUUUUUGGUGGCUACAUCCACGUCGGCGGAGGAGGAGGAGGAGGAGGCACCGACGCCGCCGCCCACGGUCGAGGUGCAGCUCCAGCAAGGUGUGAUCAAAGGGCUGAGAAAUGAGGCCGGGGAAGGCCGAUUCUUCUACAGCUUCAAGACUAUUCCUUUCGCUCAGCCUCCCGUCGGAGAUCUUAGGUUCGAGGACCCUUUGCCCGCUGAAGGAUGGACAGGAGUAAGAGACGGCUCCGCAGUGACUCCCAAAUGUCCUCAGCUGUCGAUAUCCACGUACGUCAGCGGCGACGGGAUAAUUGUGGAAGGCCAAGAAGACUGUCUGUACCUCAGUGUGUACACACCUCAGCCCCAAGCAAAGGACCUGCCUGUAAUGGUGUGGAUUCAUGGAGGAGCUUUUAUCCUGGGUUGUGCUGAGCAAUACUCGCCUCUCCCUCUCCUCACCAGGGACAUAGUUCUCGUCGUCAUUCAGUAUCGCCUGGCCACAUUGGGAUUCCUGUCGACGGGAGACGCAGAGCUCCCAGGGAACUUAGGCUUAAAGGACCAGACUCUAGCCCUUCGCUGGGUGCAGGACAACAUCAGAAACUUUGGUGGCGAUCCAGACCAAGUUACCAUCUUCGGCGAGAGCGCUGGCGGGGCGUCGGUGCACUUCCACGUCUUGUCUCCGAUGUCAAAAAAUUUGUUCAAACGAGCCAUCAUGCAAUCAGGGACGUCCCUAUGUCCCUGGGCACUGAGGGAAGACCACAGGGAGGUGCUCACCAAACUCAUUCCCCUGUUCAACUGUUCAGGGGUGCACCGUAUAUCCGGAUCCCUGGACAGUGCAGCGACGGUCGCUUGCCUGAAGAAGGUUCCUGCAGAAAAACUUACCUCCGUGCAACUUGCCUGUAAUGUAUGGAACGGCAAUCCCACCGUGAUGCUUCCCAGGGUCGACGGAGAGUUCUUGCCUGACCAUCCGGCUGUUCUUCUGAGGGAGGGAAACUAUAACAAGGUCGACCUCAUCUUCGGCAUCACGAAACACGAGGGCGAAACCGCCGCCUUAAUGACCGUCGGCAACAAGGAACUGAGCAGGAGUUUGACGGAGAACUUUAGCCGGAACGGACCAGCGGCGCUCUACCUCGACCCCUGGGAAGAUGACCCUGAAUACUUGGCACGUCGAGCCUUCCACCACUAUCUUGGGUCCUUUGGAAGUCACAGUGGAGAAGGCCGAUGCUUAUAUGAAGGUACGGUGUCUGGCGUGGAGGCUUGUAGUGGGGGUCUGGUGGGAAGUGCGGAUUCAUGGGUUUCGCUCAUGGGGGACAUCAUGUUCACGACAUGUUUCGUGGACGCGGUGGAAGAACACACAAAGAGCGCCGCCUUUGGCCACCACAUCUACACGUACGAGUUGGGCCACGUCGGUGAACACAAAAUGUCGGAGCUUUUCUUCGGGCCGUCGCCUGAUUUUGCCAAGAAUUGGGUUGGCCACGGGGAUGACCUCCAGUACCUGUUCUCGUCGAUGCUCGGCAACAACACGAUGACCGGGAACGAGGACCUCUUCGUCAGGAGAAUCAUGCUCGAUCUGUGGGUCAAUUUCGCUUCUACUGGGAACCCAACUCCAGACCUUUCCCUUGGCUUUAAGUGGACGCCCAUGUCACACCCGAGAGACUCUCAGCUGGCUAUCACUCUCAUUCCGUUUAUGAAGGACUUCUCCUAUCAUCAGGUCUAUGAUUUUUGGAGGAACAUGCCGACGAAGAAGAACAAACUGCUGCAUCCCAAACGUUUCUCAAUGUGCCACAGUUAAAACAACCCGUACCCUCUGGAACGUUUUAUCUUUCGAGUCACAAAAUUGAGAAAAAAUCUGAACUUGAAUGCUCUAAUGUUUUUGUGAUUUCAUUAGAUUGUUGAUUGUAUAUAGUUUACUAGGCAUCUGAUAUGCAACUGCUUGGUAAUAAAGAUUAUUUGA